AUGAGUCUAUUACGUCAGACUUUUAUAAUAUAUGUUCUCAUACUCUCACGGUCUCAAAUAAAGGCAGAUAAAUCACAUAGUCAUAGAAAUGAGGAUUGCGAACAUGUCAGCCCCGACACCGGACUGCAUAAUAACAAUACUUUGUUAAAUAUUGACUCAGAUAUAAGUGAUUCUGCAAGUAUGGAGGAUAUAAUACCAAUUACAAGUAAUACAGGUAUCGUUAAUGAAAAAACAUUAUCGAAUGUAUUAAUCGUAAACUCAACUAAAAAUAUAACAGAGACCUCUGCGAAGGAACUACAACAUUCCAAAUUUAAAUCUACUAAUGGAACAACCAAAAAGCCAGGGAAAAGAGAACAAAAAGUACUAAAAACUGAUGACGUACACAUAGUACAUCAAACACGCGACGUACGGCAGGUUAUGGACUCAAUUCUAAAAGAUAUUGAAAUCUUAACAAAGGAUACUAAUCCUGUCUACGUAAAUGAUGUUCAGCCAGUCAUAGAACGAGUUAACAAUAUUACAAAUAUGCUACUAGCAACAAAUGUGACAUUAAACAGUUCUAUACUACUUGGAUUGGACAAUCUAAUAAACAUUAUAAAUCUCAAUGAAUCCCUGAUUGAACAUAUAAUAGAAAACAAUGUUGCAUUACUAAUAUUAGAUCCACAAAUACAUAUAGCAGGAUUAAAUAUAGUUAAUACGGGUGGAAAUAGUUUUACUAACACAUCAUUUCAAUAUUUCUGUGAUAAACAUAAUAAAACAUUACUCUGGACGAACGUAAGCGACGCAGUGAUUUAUAUUCCAGACUCCUUGCUUUCUAGAUCUCGCGUCGGUUUUGUAAUAUUCCGACAAGACUACAAUCUGGGCAGAUUUAAAAUUCCUUAUGGUCACCCAUAUAUCAACAGCCCAAUCAUCAAUAUUAACGUCGACAUGUCACAUCAUGACAGAAUACAAUAUUACCUCAAACCGACCUUGGAAGCGGCUCAGUAUAUGUGCGUGAGUUGGUCAAGAUCCAACGAUAAGAAAGAGCAAGGCAUUUGGACGCCUUCCUCUUGCAGGAAUGCUGAUGUUGAACCAGGAAUACUGCACUUAUGUGACUGUUCUGACACGUCGUACAUUGCUCAAUACAUAACCAUAAACAACGACACAGUUAAUAAUACGACUACAACAACGAAUACAACCCUCUCAAUUCCUUAUACGACUAGUGAGGAAUCAACCGAAGCAGAAACGUCUACAAGCAGCACUACGUUAAAGACAACAACCGUUGUGUUAACACCUGACGAGCAAGUUGACCAGAUUUUAGACGAUCUUAAAAACCUAUUAGACAGCGAUACUACCCCCAUAUACAUGGAUGACGUCACCGACGUAUUUGAUCAGAUAAAUAAUGUGCUAAGUAUAGAUGAAGACGUAAUUAUUCCUGGCGAGAUGCUACAGAUGCUGGAUGAACUGGGCUCCAGAAUAGAUCUCAAUGAGUCUUCAAAUGCUAUACUAGUGAAAAACAAUAUAGCAAUGUUGAUAGCUGACGCUGGGGACCUCAACCCUAUCAGAGGGUUGAGGGUGGCCCGUAGAGAAGUCGAUGGCUUCAUUAAUGAUGCAUUCGAGUUUAUAAAUGAGGACAUCGAUGAAAUGCAUAUCAUGGAGAGCGAGAGUGAAGCUGUGGUGGACCUGCCACCGUCUGUACUGAAUUCUCCGAGACGUAUAAGCUUUGUGGUCUUCCACGAUGACCGAGCUUUCCACUACUCAGGGGUGUCAGCAGUCAACAGUCGCGUGAUCAGCAUUAACGUAGAGAAUGUGACUCUCUUCGACGCUGGAGAGAUGGUGAGAAUACAUUUCAGACGUAAAGUUGGACCAGAACGAGAUAUGAGGCGAUCCUGCGGUUACUGGGCAUUUUUAGAAAAUGGUGCCGGAUAUUGGUCGCAAGAAGGAUGCACUUUCAUAAGGUCAAGCAAUCCCGCCAUUUUAGACACCUGCCAAUGCAGCCAUCUCACACAUUUUGCAGAGAUUUUAAUACCGCGACCUGUCUUUUCCGAACGCAAUGAACAUAUAUUAGAAAUACUAUCUAUAAUUGGCAGCUUUUUAUCCAUUUUUGGUGUACUUAUAAUAGCACUUACAGCGGUUAUGUUUAAAUCUUGGCGUUCUAACUUUCGCAACAGAAUUUGGCUUCAGCUGUGCAUUGCACUGUUUCUUUUAUCCGUUUGUUUCUUAGUAAUCAUAUACAUGAGAUAUGAUGUAUACAACUUACCAUGUUUGAUCAAUGGUAUCGUAUUGCACUAUUCUUUACUCGCCUCAUUCUUUUGGAUGUUGAUGGUAGCUAUAAUUGCUUAUAUAGAUACAGUUGGGUUUAAAUAUGCUUACACGAAGCAUAUAUCUCAUAAAGUAUUAAUAACUGCGAGUAUUUCUUGGGGAACUCCUGUUGUGAUUAUUGGUAUUUUGCUUCUAGCCGCUCCGUAUUCAUACGUAGGUACUUUUGAAGAGAUGACUCCUAGUGGUACUUUCUGUUACCCGUCAGGUAUGGGUUUAUGGUUGACUGUAUACACACCAAUAUGUAUAAUAUUACUGGCUAAUUUCGUAUCAUUCUUCUAUAUUAUGGGAGUGGUAUCGUCGAGUACAAGGAAUAAGAAGUUGGGCAAACAGAAUGUGGACGAAUUUCAGGAGGCAGUCAAGUGCGUGCGCAUCGCUUUGGUAUUGGUGUUCCUAUUCGGUCUGCCAUGGGUGUUUGGACUCUUUUCUCACAAUAUAGUUGCGGCCUAUAUCUUCACAGUCACAGUGACCACGCAAGGAUUCUUUCUGUUCUUGUUCAUUGUGUGUGGCAAUAGAGACACGAGAACCUUUUGGCGUCGUCAACUGAUGUGGAAAACAAAAGAUAAAUACGAAUGUCACAGUUUAAAAGAGUCGAAACGAAACACGGGAUCUACGACUACUUUUGCGUACUAGUAUUUGCAUCUUUUUCUAUAUAAGACUUUAUUGAAAAAUGCUAUAAAUUUCCAUAUUAUUUAUAAAAACAUAUCGCUUGUUUUAUA